AUGUUUUCCUCGACUACAGGGAACAAUAAAAAUCAAAGACUGGACGAAGACGUUAAAACUGAUAUAGCAGCUCAUUUGAAAGCGUUAAAACACGAAUUUCAACGAUAUUAUAGCGACAUUAAUCCAGAAACACCAAUAUGGCUUAUGACUAGAAAUCCAUUUGUAGUCGAUGUCUUACAAUUACCAGAAGAUAUUCAGGAAGAAUUUCUAGAAAUGAAGGCUGAUUCUACCAUGAAAGAUGACUUCCACCUAUUGACAUUGGAGAAGUUUUGGAUAAAACGUUUCCUACUUAAUCCAAAAGUUGCUUCUCAUGCUUUGCAAAUAAUUGUGCCGUUUUCCUCGACUUACUUAUGUGAAACAGGUUUUUCAGCAUUGGUAUAA